AUUCUACUGGAGGGCCCUUAAUCCAAGAGACUAUUUGUAUGUUGUUCUUGAGUCGUGUGUCCCAAAAUAUGUACACGUCUUCUUCUCAUUGGGAUGUCCGCAACCAUUUCUAUCUCUAAGUCUAUAUAUGUUUGAAGUUUCUGUAACACUGCUACUCAUACUUUUAUCCUGUAUAAAUAACCCACUACAUGCACCAUAAUUCCUUGACCCUUUAAACAUACUAAGUAAACAGCCACCCAUUUCUCUGUCUCUGUUUUCCAUGGCAGACCUUAACGAUAACACCACCACCACGAGAUUGAGACUUUUCGGAUUCAGCGUCUCUGAAGAUGAAGAAACAACGGCGGAUGCGUCAUCACUCAAGACUCCUACUUCUACUUCCCCUGAAUCCUCUGCUUUUCCUUCUUCGGGGGACCGAAAGUACGAGUGUCAAUACUGCUGUCGGGAAUUCGCAAAUUCACAAGCACUUGGUGGCCAUCAAAACGCCCACAAGAAGGAGCGUCAGCAGCUCAAGCGUGCACAAAUGCAAGCCACGCGAAACGCCGUCGCAGCGGCUUCUUUCGCCAGGAAUCCAAUGAUUUCCGCUUUCGCACCUCCUCCGCACCUCCUGACGGGCCCCGGAGGUUCAGUGGUUGUCCCAGCCGCGGCUACGGGGCCACCUUCAUGGUUGUACUUGCCGCGUGCCGCGGCGGGUGCGCCUUUCAACGUGUCGCAUGGAUGUGUGUUUCAGAGCGGGCCAAGUGGGAGGGGUGGUGCAGGGGGAGGACCGUAUGGUGGGGGUGUAGGGGAUUCGUCGGGAUCGCAGAGGACGCUUGGGAGGGUCGUUGAUGGGCCGUCAUUGAGUAGAUUCUCGAAAGGGGAUGGUGGUGGGCCGAACUUCGAUGAGACAUUGGGCCUGGACUUGCAUCUGAGUCUAGCUCCAGCUGGAUCAUGAGUUUGAUGUUGGUAAUUGUGUCUGGAUAUUUGUUAGGUUGAGGACUUGGGUUUUUCACCAAUUCAGGGAUCCUUGUACAUUUUCAGAUCUAUUUAUUAAUUUUUUGGAAGUAAUAUCUAAGACCUUAAGUGCUCUCACAGUCACAAUUUGUUAAUCUGAUCAUGAAAUAUAGCUUGAUAGUUGAUGUUGUUAUGUUCGUCUCAGUCAACUCGACCACCCAGUUCGGAAAAGAAAAAAGCAUCAAAGUACUUGGAAGAUCAAAAUUACUACCUUACUUUUUUCUAAAAAUAAGCUUUAAUAGAGUUUCUUCUUGUUCAUCCUCCCUA